AGACAAAAAAAAACUUAAAACAGGAGAACUGUUGAAAUAAAGUUAUUUAUAGUGCUUCAUUCGUUUUCUUAUCUUAACCAUUUAAUACAUUUUAAUAUUCUUAUUGUAACCUGAUAAUUGGAUAUAAUUAAGAUUGCGGAUAAAGGCGGGCGCUCAUCGUUUUGAUUUUAAGGAAAACAGAAUUUGCUUGAAGCAAACAAAUUGCAAUGAGUGCGGGGAUGCCAGAAUUAGGCUCAAAAAUCAGCCUCAUAUCAAAAGCUGAUAUUCGUUAUGAAGGACGACUGUUUACAGUCGAUCCGCAAGAAUGUACUAUUGCUUUAGCCAACGUGAGAUCAUUUGGAACGGAAGAUCGAGAAACACCAUACCCGAUCAUGCCACAACCAACGGUAUACGAUUACAUCUUGUUCCGCGGAUCUGAUAUAAAGGAUAUUCGUGUGGUGAAUAAUGUCGCAAUUCCUAAUGAUCCAGCUAUCAUGCAAAUGCACUUACCACCAACACAACAACAAUUCCCACCACAAAAUUUUCCACCAAUGCAGCCUGGAGGAGCUCCAGCAAUGGCGCAAUUUGGACCUUUCGCUCAAAUGCAAGGAAAUUUGGGACCUACAAUGGGAGCAUCCAAUAUGACUCAGCAACAACAACAGCAAAAUCAAUCACCGGUUCAAUCGCAGCAAGGUAACAACAAAAAUUUUGUUGCUGGUUCUGGGCAAAAAAAUAAGAAAUCAAGUGAGUUGUCUAGUUACAAUGAAAGUGACAUGUUUUCCAUGACUCUACCGACAGUCGUUCAAAAACGAAGCAACAAAAGCCAAGAUUCACGCACUGGAACACCACAAAACUUGCCACGCAAGUCGCCAACAGCUGAAACGAGUGUUCAAACAAAUCAGAACCAACGUGACAAUCAGUCUGGCAACAAGGAUAAGCCGCAUCAACAAAACCAGAAAAAUAAUCAACGAAACAAUAAUCAAUAUGAAAGGCGAGACUCUGGUCGUAAUGAAGGACAGGAAAAUAAGGGCAACUAUCGGAAUCAAAAUCAACGUCCAAGUAAUCAGCAACAACCGCGCGGAUACAACAACCGCAAUAGUAACAACAAUAUCAAUCAGCAUCAACAACAAAUGCGAGGAAAUCAAGGUGGAAGUGCAAGAAUGCGAGGCACACCAAUGCACAAUGUGAGACCACAGCAAAAUAAUCAGAAUAAGCAGAACAGCGUGCCACAACAAUUGCGUGCCAACAGCAAGCCGCUGAAAUUCGAAAAUGAAUUUGAUUUCGAACAGGCAAACAGCAAGUUUGAGGAAUUACGUUCAAAGCUGGCAAAAUUAAAGAUGGCAUCUGAAGAUCCUAAAAGUACUGAUCAGGUAAAUGGAGAGAUUGAAAAGAAAGAAGAUUCUGGAAAUGAAACGGGUAUUGAUCAUGAACCCGAAACAGAAGAAUCAAAUACAGCAUAUGACAAGAACAAAUCAUUCUUCGACAAUAUUUCUUGUGAAGCUGUUGAACGUUCGAAGGGAAAGACUCAACGUACCGAUUGGCGUCAAGAACGUAAAAUUAACAGUGAAACGUUUGGAUACAUGUCGUAUAAUCGGCGUGGAAACUUUCGAGGACGAUCUUAUUAUCAGUCAUCAAGGACUUAUCGUGAUGUAAUGUCUGGAUAUCGUCCAAAUUACCGCCCAAUUCGGAAUCAUCGCAACCAAAACAAUACUGGAGCAAAUAAUACACAGAACAACCAAGGUAAUGGUCAAAAAUCUCAGAAUCAGUCAGCACCAGUCGCUGCGAACUAACUUUCUUUCCGCAUGAAUUUAACCUCAUCAAAAGGAAUGAAAAAGAGAAAAAAAAAUGCGUUAAAAAAGAUUUAAAAUAUAAGUCAAUAAUUUUUACACAAUUUUCCAUCGCUCACUUAAGUGAAUUUAAGAAAGAAAAAAUAAUUCUGCAUAAAUUGAUUUAGAAAUUAUUAUUAACUCUGUUGAACAUAUAAAUUGAAACCAAGCGUGGCGACAAAAUAUUUCCAUAAAACUGCGUUAAAUGAACAUUGAAAAAAAGGUUUUUUUAGAUUUUUAAAUCAUUUAAAUCAUAAAAUAUCUUUGAGAGAUCAUAAAAACGAAAGCGAAAGAAACUACUUAGUAUUGAAUUAAAUCAAAUUAGAAGUCAAAAUAGACCUUUAAGAAAAAAAGAAAACAAAAGAAAAUUUGCAGAAUUCAUCAAAAUUUAAUAACAAUAUUUGUGCAAGUUACGAUAAUCGCAUGUAAGGGAUCCCACUACAAUAGUGUCUUAAACGUCUCAAAUUAAACUAUGCAAUCCAAAACGAAAAUGGAAGAAAAAUCUUUUCUUCUUAUUAUCUCUGACUUAUCUUUCAUCUUUCACCUUCUUCUAAUUCUUUCUUUUUUUUGGAAAAUUAUAUUAAUAAAAAUGGAAUGAAACUCCACGAAUAUCUAAAGUUAAGAAUUGAAACAACAACUUUAUCCACGGAUUUGAUGUUUUAUUUUAUUUUGCUGGUAGUAAUGAUAAAAAGAGAGAACGAGAUUAUUAAUUAAAAAAAGGCAGAUUUAAAUACAACUACUAUGCUUGACGUUUAAUAAAUCGAGGUGUACUACAUAAAUAUAUUUGCGAUGGAAAAUUGUUGAAUGAAUGAAUAAAAAAAACCUAUAAACAUUUUUAACAGUAUGAAAAAAACGUUGCCGAAAUUAGCAGAAAACUUUUGCGAGCAUUUUGAUGAGAUAAUUUAUUUUCUCAAACAUACAAAGGCUAACAAAUCUCUCUAAUAAUAUCUUAUUCUAUGUUCACAACAAAAGUGUAAGAGCACAUGAAAAAAAAUGCAUCUUGUUAGAAUGAAUUUAAAUUUUCAAUAUGAUGAUUGAUUGAUUAAAUUACUUUUCGCAUUGUUUCGCAUAAAUAUUAGAACAUAAAUCUUCUUAAAUGAUAUUUAAUAGCGUGGGUUUAAAAGAAUGAAUAAAGAAAACAAACAAAGAAACAAACAUAUUAAAAUAACACUCUGGAAACUCUCACUUUCUAAAGACUGAAACAUGAAAAGUCAUAUGUGGUUUAAUAUAACCGAUGUACUUGAGAAAAACUUCCUGAGAAUUUCCUUCACUGAUAGUUUAAACGCUUACUGAAUCAUUCAAAUAGUUCAUCUCCUUACAAGAUUCUGGUGUUCUCUGGAAUAAAAUUGAACAAUAUUUUGUGUAAUGGGUGAUUAAAAAGCCAAUAAAUCGAAAUUAAGAAAAAUGAUGCAUGUAUCACUUAGCUGAGGAAUCUUGUUUAAAGUAAGAAAGAAAGCAUUUAGAUUCAUGUUUUUUCCUUUGUGCGAAGAAAAGCGAUGAGUUAAAUUAAAACACCGGGAAAAUAGAAACGUCGGUAAAAACACAUAAAAAUUAAUGCUAGAGUUGUUAUAACUCGAAUCUUUUGUUUUGUCGCUAUGAAGAACUUAUUUCAACUUGGGCAUAAUUUGAAUACCUUUACGUGACACACUAAAUAAUUAAUCAUCAUAUUUAAAAGGAACUUAAACAUUGCUAAUGAUGAAACACUUUAGAGCCUCUGCAAAUUUAAUCAAGAUUUGAUCGAAGAAGAGGAAAAUGAGAAUAAAAAUUAAAAGAAAAACAAGAUCGUUUCAUUUUGAUGGUUUUCUUCUUGAUUAAAAACUGAUUGAAGGAUUUUCUUAAACAAAAAUAAAUUUUAUAACUUAAAAAAAUUGCAUGAUGCAAUGAAUAAGAAAAAAUAAAUAAAUAAACGAAAGAAAAGUGAUUGAUAAUUUGUUAGAUGCAUUGAAAAAUAUAAACAAUAGAAAAAAAAUAAUGAUGUGAAAUGUAAAUCAAAAACUUACAAACAAAGCGAAAAAAAACAGAGUAAAGAAUGGAAGGACAAAUUUGAAGAAGAAUAAAUUUGGAACAUCUGGAAAGAAAAUUUUUCAU